CAGAAAAUGACAGCACCUUGGAAUAGCCAACAGAGAGAGCUUAGAAAUGGAAACUUGCUUGAUGAGAUGCUCGCAUGGAGGAAGUACUCUUUUCAGAGCCCUCAAACCUCCUCUCACUAUGAAGCUUCCCAACUCCCUUUGUUGCUCCUUCAUGGCUAUCCACACUGAUGGAGGAAGGUCAGUUAAGAGAGCAUACGAUGCAUUGCUGUUGGAUGCGGGAGGUACCCUUUUGCAGUUGGCAAAGCCUGUCGAAGAGACUUACGCCACCAUCGGCAGUAAAUACGGUUUGUCUGCAACAUCAGCUGAAAUAAAGCAAGGAUUUAAGAGAGCUUUUGCUGCUCCGUGGCCUGAGAAGCUCCGUUACCAGGGAGAUGGGAGGCCAUUUUGGAAAUUGGUUGUUUCUGAAGCCACCGGUUGUGCUGAUGAUGAUUAUUUUGAAGAAGUUUAUGAGUACUAUGCAAAAGGUGAUGCAUGGCGCCUUCCAGAUGGAGCUUAUGAAACAAUAGCCCUUCUCAAGGAUGCUGGAGGUCAUGUUCAUAAAGUGGCUGUUGUAUCCAAUUUUGACACCCGCCUAAGGAAGUUGUUGAAGGACCUGAAUGUUUUAGAUCUGUUUGAUGCUGUUAUCAUAUCUUCAGAGGUUGGAUAUGAAAAACCAGACAUAAAGAUAUUUAAAGCUGCUUUAGAUCAAGUCCAUGUUGAGGCUGGCAAAGCAGUACACGUUGGAGAUGAUCAAAAGGCAGAUAAAGUGGGGGCCAAUUCCAUUGGGAUUGAAUGCUGGUUAUGGGGAAUUGAUAUAAAGACAUUCUCUGACAUAGGAAGCCGCAUCCUCAUUUCUGAAUCCUGAGUCGUAGCUUCCAUGGAUUCAAGUACCAGACUGCAUAUUUGUUUGCAAGAGUGGUGGUGUGAUAACAACUUAACAAAUUGGAUAUUUUAAGGAAUAAUUUAGAAACUUUUCUCUUGAACAAGCUUGUUGUAUUGAUAGAUUUGCGGAUACACACAAUGCAGAUUUUUGUUGAGUUUGGAUUUGAUGGAUUACAUUUCCGACA